GUUUUAAAGGCCGACUAAGCUCUCACACACGCUUACACACACACAUCCUCAUCAUCUUCAUCAUCAGUGCUAUUGCAUCAGGGUGCUGUGAGAGAAUUCCCUGCGCCCGGAGGAUGCGCUUUGGAUACCGCACCUGAAAACAGGGAAGCCUUGUAGCACAUGGGCUCAGUGAGGACAUUCAGUUCAGGUCUACAUGAAGCGCUGGAGGAGGCUGUAAAUCUUUUUUAGUAUUUUUUUGUUGUUGUUGUUGCAAUUUUGGUGGAGUCUCAGGGUAAGGCGGAAACCUAGAUUACAAAUAUUGUUAGACUGGAAGUGAUAAAUACCGCUGAGCCGCUCCACUGAACUGCUAUUUUCAUUCCUAUUGGGAUAUGAAUGCUCUUAGUUUAUUAUAAAACUCUGCAGUCACAUUGACUAGUUUGAUUAAAAUAAUCGAAAUUGAAAGCUGGACUUUCACAUUUCACAUUUCCAUCGCCUGUGCUAUCUGUAUUUGUUAUAAUAAUCUCCACGUAUCUGGGUGAAAGACGCAGGGGAUGCUGUUCAUCUCUGUAGCUCUGCUGCUCCACACUGAGUAAAACCCUGUGCCGGUUAUUUAAGCCCUCUUAAACAGAGACAAAUCUGCUGUCGUCCCUCCCCGCCGACAGUACUGCUCUCGCUUGCCUUUCUCGCCAAGGCUGCAAAUCACAGUGCGCUCGAAACCCAGACUUCACCAACACAGUCUUCUCCAAGCCCUUUCUCCACCUACACUGAGUGGACAUGACGGACGGACCGAGACACCGAGGGAGCGCGGCUGCUGCCGCCGGGGAAGAAGCGACACAAGCCGGGAAAGCAGAAGGACAAUCAUCCGUGGCUCUGAAGAAGGAGAUCGGGCUUGUGAGCGCCUGCGGGAUUAUUGUCGGUAACAUCAUUGGCUCGGGGAUCUUCGUCAGUCCUAAGGGUGUGCUGGAGAAUGCUAGCUCCGUGGGGCUAGCACUUAUCGUCUGGAUCAUUACAGGUGUCAUCACUGCUAUCGGCGCUCUCUGCUAUGCUGAACUGGGGGUCACCAUCCCUAAGUCUGGUGGUGACUACUCUUAUGUCAAGGACAUCUUCGGUGGACUGGCAGGGUUCCUGAGAUUAUGGAUUGCUGUCUUGGUGAUCUACCCCACCAACCAAGCAGUCAUUGCUCUCACUUUCUCCAACUAUGUUCUGCAACCUCUCUUCCCCACCUGCUUCCCACCAGAGAACGGCCUUCGCCUACUCGCAGCCCUCUGUCUCUUGCUGCUGACUUGGGUGAACUGUGCGAGCGUGCGCUGGGCCACACGUGUACAGGACGUGUUCACGGCUGGGAAACUGCUGGCCCUCAUCCUUAUCAUCAUCAUGGGCAUUGUACAGAUCUGCAAGGGUGACUAUUACUGGCUGGAGCCAGUCAAUGCCUUUGAGCCGUUUCAGGACUAUGAUGUCGGUCUGAUAGCUCUAGCAUUUCUUCAAGGCUCUUUUGCUUAUGGAGGUUGGAAUUUCCUUAACUAUGUGACAGAGGAGCUGGUCGAUCCCUAUGUGAACCUGCCUCGUGCAAUCUUCAUCUCCAUCCCUCUGGUGACUUUUGUUUAUGUGUUUGCUAACAUUGCCUACGUCACUGCCAUGAGCCCUCAGGAGCUGCUGGCCUCCAAUGCUGUUGCUGUGACGUUUGGUGAGAAGCUGUUGGGAGUGAUGUCAUGGAUCAUGCCCAUCUCGGUGGCUCUGUCCACCUUUGGGGGGGUCAACGGCUCCCUCUUCACCUCCUCUCGGUUGUUCUUUGCUGGUGCCAGAGAGGGCCAUCUCCCCAGCCUGCUAGCUAUGAUCCAUGUGAAGCGCUGCACACCUAUUCCUGCUCUACUCUUUACUUGUAUCUCGACCCUUCUGAUGCUGUGCACUAGUGACAUGUACACACUUAUCAACUAUGUGGGCUUCAUCAACUACCUCUUCUAUGGUGUGACAGUCGCCGGGCAGAUUGUCCUGCGCAUCAAACAGCCUGACAUGCCACGACCAAUCAAAGUCAGCCUAGUGUGGCCAGUGAUCUAUCUGCUGUUCUGGGCCUUCCUGCUGGUCUUCUCUCUGUACUCUGAACCUGUGGUUUGUGGCAUUGGCUUGGCCAUUAUGCUCACUGGUGUGCCCGUCUACUUCCUGGGCGUCUACUGGGACAACAAGCCCCAGUGCUUCAACACAUUUGUGGAUAAGAUGACGUACCUGGGCCAGAAGUUCUGUGUGGUGGUCUAUCCAGCAGAGGACGAGAAACCUGAAGACGGCUGCGGGGAAGAGGGGAUAGAGAUGAAGGAGGAGUCUGCUCCUCUGUCUGCAGCAGACAGUGCAACACCAAACUCAGCCAGUUGCUGAACACAAGAAUGCAGACACACACACAGUGCCCGACUGAUACAGAUCCACACUGGUAAAAUGGGUGUGAACUCGUAAAGCACACACUAGUAAGCCUUUUUCGAUUGCUGCAUCUGCCUUUGCACAUCUGCAGGGUUGUCAUUUUCUAACGGAGUGAGGUACACUGAGGUAGAGGUUAGAGGUGAGAGAUGUAAAAGUGAGCUUCUGUAAAAUAAGGCAAAAUAAGAUCAUAAACCAUCAAAACUAAAAAUUGUACAUAAGACACUGCUAUUUUGGUAAUGUCUGAUUUGUAAUACAGAAUUAAAUCCACACUCGUUGUUGAUGUAUAAAUCCAACUAAAAUUAUUUUAAUAUCCACAGUCUAGCAUUGUACCUCUCAUCCUCUGACCUCAAGUACUCCUCCACCUUUUUUUUUUACUACAGAUGUAGUCAAUGUAAAUGUACUACAGCUCUUCAUCCACACACACAAACACACACACACACACACACACACACACACACACACAAAUACACACACACAUACAAAACACACACUAUAAAUAUAUAUUUAUAUAUGCCACAUCCAGCUCCACAGAGUGUCCGCUUAGUGCAGUAUUAGUCUUUCACAUUCUACAAAAUCAUCUUUAGUGUUGUAUGAACAUGCCAGAGUAUUUUGAUUCCAAUAUUUCAUAUUAGAUUCAGCUGCACAAUACACUAAGAACCGUUUUUUGAUUUUAGAUUUUUUUGUUUUAAUUCCAAAAUGUUUUUUAUCCAUAAUUAUGAUGUUUUGUUAUUAUUGUUAUUAUUACUUUGUGUCAUUUUCAGUCAAUGCUUUUAUUUUGUUUUUUAUCCAAUUGAUAACUCUGGGAUUUUCUUUUCAAGCUUGAGAUAGUAUCUAUAAAAUAUAUAUAUUUAAGAACCACAUUUUGUGGCUUAGAGUAGUUUUCUACCAGAGUCUUUGUCUGGUGUGAGUACAAUUCUAUCGCUUUUAAUGGCCUUAAUUAUAAUACUUGGAUAAUAUGCCUGUAUUUUGGCAUUCAUGUUAUCACUUUUUUUUUUUUUUUAUCACCACUGAACAAUAAUUUUUUUGAAGAUUUUUUUGAAGAUAAAACAGUUUACAAAAAACAAAAAAAGGCUCUGAAAUUCUAUGCUGACUGCUGACUUGCUUAAUAGAAUUAACCGAAUUAACAGCAUACAUAAUUUUACUGCUGAUUUUCUUUUAUAUUCACACACCCUGAAGUAUAAGUCACAAUCUAAACACUCAUAUGCAUGUGUUCGAUUGUAAAUUAAAUGAACUAAAUAUGUUUUAAGUAAUUUCAUGUGAGUAAAAAGGAUGUAUUUUCAUGUGAAGUAGUUUAUCUUUAGUUUAUUUUUCGAAAAAGGAAAAUGACAAAGAGUAAGGGAGUGCUAUAUUUUUGUUCUUGACAUGAUUGUGGAAAAGACACGAAUAUAUAAAAACAAAAUAGAGGACUGUAUAAAUGAGUACUUGAGUACUAAACAUGUAUUCAGAGUCAGAUAAAUCAUAAUAUUCAUAUUACUCUAAAAUAAUACAGAUGUAUUAUAGGUGUUAAUGUAGGUGCAAUAACUUGACUAACUUUAACUGACCAAGCUAGCCCUUCUCUUCACCUUCUAUGUCACAUUAUAUCUGUGCUGCCACUGUAAAUAAAAAAUGAAGGUAUACGCAGUUGACUGUGCUUAUAUUGUCCAUAUUUGCUAUUGUGAGAUGCCAUUUGUUUAACAGGGUUUCAUGUAGGAUUAUAUUCUCCCAUGUCCAAAAUCCUACAUAAUAUAUACAUUUUGCUACCCAAAACUCUGUUCAGUCUUACUGUAGCCCGAUACUUUUAGUCUUUACAAAGAUUUGAAUACAUCAUAGAUGUAUUCGAGUGAUUGAGAUAACAUGAGACACACUUUUUCAUGAUUUCACAGAUUUUUUACUUUUUUUAAAAAAAAAUAAAAUAAUAUGACAGAGGUGCAAUCAUUCAGAUGUACUUCCUAACAAUAGCAAAAGUGGACAGAAAGGUUCAAAGUCUGCUGUUGUGUGUAAAAAUGUCAUGAUGUUCGUGGUCACAGGGUCUUUGUCUAUGUGCCUACGUAGUGAUGUCACAAUUUUACCUAAUUAAUACUCUUGAAAAAUGAUCACCACUAAAAUGAGUGCCAGUUGUUCCCCUUAUGUAUAAAUAUAGUAAAUGUGUGUAAGUGCUGUAUAAACAAGCAAUAGAAUGUUUAGUGACUUUCAGGACACAUCUUAAGUCUCACAGUAAAAGAAAGAAACACCAUUAAAACAACUUUAUCCAUGCUUAUAAA